AUGCGGUGCUCUGAGAAGCCAGGCAAGAAAGAGUUGAAUCACAAAAAUGGGGCUAAUGAAAUUACAUCAGCAAAUGCAUAUUUGGUAGCAAAGAAACUUUGGAAACAGGCACUCCCACCAUUUUUUCGCACAUGUGGCAUCAACUUCUUCUUCCAUUUUGUUGCUUUCUCGAUACUGUUAUUUAUGAUGUUUAAACACGGGUCAGACCCAAGUCCAGGGGGUGGGCAAACCACGGCCAACGGGCCUACUGCGAAGCAAUUUUAUGCGGCCCGUGAUGUCUUGUUCGCCAAAAAAGGUAAAAUUGUUCUCACUGCGGCCCUCACAGAAAAAGAUGGAAUGGAGCGGAGGAUGUAUGGAAUGAAAUAUUUUCCAUCUGUUGCUAGGUUAUUUGUCAUCAUAAGCCGCAGACUCAUUCCUGAAAGAGUUGCCAAUAAAAAAAUAGUCAUAAGGAGUAUUCAAAACUAUUUUCGUUAUCAGUUCGUUAUAAUCGUCAUUAUUGUUAGCAUUAACAUCGCGGUCAUCAUCAACGUCACAUCAUCAGUUGAACAUGGAAUGAUUUGUUGUGUCGUGAUUCAUAAAGAAGGCAUUCGGUCAGCGACGUUACGUUUUUCCUGA